AAAAGGAGAAUUGCGAAGCAAAGGGAUACUGCAAUGACGGCUAUGAUUUGGAGAGAAGAGGAGAUCCUCUGUUGAGUAACUCUGAAGAAGCGGAGAGUAGUCACCCAAACAGACUCAUCAAAGCCUGUGAUUGGAUAGCCAUGAUUUUUCUAUCAGUGCUUUUCAUAGAGAUGACUUCGUUGGUGAUUUGUGUGGUACUUGGUGUGAGUAUAUCAUCGAAAAUUGAACCUUGGGAUUUGAUGUUUCAAGGUGUAUUAAUUGGUUCCGUUGCAGUACUCUACGGAACAGUCAGAUCUCUCUAUCAGUUGAUAUACUACGCUCGUCAUAGCCAGAAUAUCCCUGCCCUCGACAAGUUCAUGCAGUGUGUAACUCUACUGAUCACACCUCUUAACAUCCUCCUUUUAACCAUAUUCGUGAUUAACAUGCGACAUAUUUUUUUUUCUUUGAAUAUUUUCCUUAUGCAUUCUGUUGCUCUGUUCUUGAGUCUGUUCAAUCUUUACAUCAACAUCAAGCGAUCCAAAACAUUGGCACCUAUGACUCUCAUUCAAAGUUUCAUCGUUUUGUACUGGGCUUCGUAUUGGCUCAUUGUUAUAUCGCGUCAAUAUUCUAUUAUGGACCGGCAUAGGAGCUAA